CACGUAUAUAUCCAGAGUCACUGGCAAGCUGUUUCCCCGAAGAUCCAGCGAUCGGUGGCUCGUCCGAGGUUCUGCUCCACUCGACCUGAUUCCCGGUGUGUCGUGCUCGCAAGCCCUUCGAAAGCUUUCGGGCAGUCCCUUGCUUUUCCUUCCUCGGUGGCAUCCGCAACGACCACCAUCGCAACAACAAUAAUCAGAUUCGCCUCCUGCUUGACUCUCUGAUCUGAUCUCUCUCAAUAAAGUGUACACGUACAUCCACCGACUUGUCAAGAAGCUGCUCCACUACCAAUUGAGAAAUGGCGCGGGUUCUCGUUGGAGUUAAGCGUGUCAUCGACUACGCCGUCAAGAUACGCGUAAAGCCAGACAAAUCGGGAGUCGUGACGGAUGGCGUCAAGCACUCGAUGAACCCGUUCGACGAGAUCGCCAUCGAGGAGGCGGUGCGCAUGAAGGAGAAAAAACUAGCGAGCGAGGUCAUAGCCGUGAGCUGUGGCCCGGCCCAGGCGCAGGAGACCAUCCGAACGGCCCUUGCCAUGGGAGCCGACAGGGGCAUCCACGUCGAGAUCCCGGGCCCCGAGUACGAGCAACUCCAGCCGCUCCACGUCUCCAAGAUCUUGGCCAAGUUGGCCCAGGACGAGAAGGCCGACCUGGUGCUCGUUGGUAAGCAGGCGAUAGACGACGACUGCAACCAAACUGCCCAGAUGACGGGUGGUCUCUUGGGCUGGCCGACCGCGACGUUCUGCAGCAAGAUAGAUCACGGCCAAGGGGAGUUGACGGUGACUCGGGAGAUCGAUGGCGGCUUGGAGAUGAUCAAAGUGAAAACCCCGGCCGUGAUGAGCGCCGAUUUGCGCUUGAACGAGCCCCGAUACGCGACUCUGCCCAACAUCAUGAAAGCCAAGAAGAAGCCCCUGAAGAAAGUUUCUCCCAAGGAUUUGGGUGUCGACGUUUCGCCGAGAGUUAAGAUUAUUUCUGUCGAGGAUCCUCCGGUGCGACAGGCCGGCUCGAUACUCCCGGAUGUCGAUACUCUGGUUGCCAAGUUGAAAGAAGCGGGUCACGUUUGAUAUUGUUUGUUUGUAGAUACUCUGUUGAAAAAUCGCGUCUGAGGAAUCGAACGUCAAUUUUUUUGACGUUUUUUUGUUCCUCAUACUCGGUAUAUCUAUAUUUUUAUACACGGGUGUGAUUAUUUUGUACAAUACGUACGAAAAUUGCCAAGUUUUUGAUAAUACUUGUUAAAUGUUUUUCAAUAAAUAUAUACUCUCUAUUGUA